CAGAAGAAAUUAGGGGGGGAAUGAGGAGUGUAGAACGUGGCGGGAGUUCUUGGCAACUGUCUGUUGGCCUUCAUUGUCCAGGUGAAUGUCCGCUCUGACAAAUGGGAGCCCAUGACCUUCACUGCCAGCUUGGACGACAGAGUGAAGAAGAUUCAUGAACAUGUGCGAUCCAAGACCAAGGUUCCUGUGCAGGAACAGGUCCUUCAGCUGGGCGCGCAGACCCUAAAGCCUCUGAGAAAGCUGUCAUCUUACUGCAUUGACAAGGAGACCACCAUCCACCUCACCCUGAGGGUGGUGAAGCCCAGCGAUGAGGAGCUGUCCGUGUUUCUGGUGGAGUCAGGUUCUGAGGGGCAAAAGCAUCUCCUCCAGGUGCGAAGAUCAAGCUCAGUGGCCGAAGUGAAAAAGAUGAUCGAAACCAAGACUGCUGUGAGCCCCGGCAGGCAGGUUGUGAUUUGCAACGGCAAGAAGCUGAAAGAUGGGAAGACCAUGGCCAAUUACGGCAUCCGAGAGGGCGCUUUCCUCUACUUGAAGUUCCCCUGCAUUGGGGAGUGACGAUGCUGGGGGGGUGAUGGGAGGAGAAGAGGGCUUGUUUCCUGUUAGCGCUUACUCAGCAACCACAUCCUUCGAUGUCUCAAAAUUAGUGAGAAAGACCUACGGGGAGAGCGGGUUUGCAGUGGGGUGUUUGCCGGCAGAACGCUUUUUAACGCUACGCUUUUUGAUUCUAACGUAGUUAGUGGCAGGAUCGUGUGUAUCCUGAGCACAGAAGAUAACAUUGUUAAGGCACAUUAGAGAGAGCACUGAAAGGCAGCUUGCAGCGCAAUACCUUCUUGGUUCCCUCUGACUUGUAGAAAACCCCAUUUCCUUUCCUAUUCAACAACAUAGUAGGUUCUGGGCUGGGAUCAAUUUUCUCCUAAUUUCUGUGUGUUCAUCUAUGUGUAAGCCGGUGCUUCAUCUAUCAUAUCACUAGGUAACUGUUGAAACAAACUGCACUUCCACUUACAGAGAAACAGUGUAAUGAUUGAUUAUGAAGUGAAUUAAUUACUCUGACAUGAUCACAAUUUAGUUAAUAAAGAUUUUCGAAAUUCAGUUAAA